GCCUGGAGAAGGUGGGUGUGAGGCUGAAGGUGUCUCAGGUCUCGGGCGCGGGAGGGGGUGGCGGAGAGGACAGGGAGAUUCCCCAGCGCUGGCUCUGAAAUCUGGGGCAGGUUUUCCUUUGCCUUACUGCCAACCCGAACUGUGCCUGGUAGGGUUUGUCCCUGGCAUCAAAGGUAGGAACAGCUGAGCCCUUAGACGUACCCCUGACGGUGAGAGCCCAGGAAUGGGCGUUUCACUUUUCCUGCGUUUGGGGAGUCCCUGAGGCUAUGCCCUUUGACCUUUGACAUGUGUGCAGCUUCUGCUUCUCCAGAUAUGGAAAAAAUGAAUCAAAGAGACCAACCAUUCAUGACAAUUCAGAGAAAUGAUAGCUCAGAUCAUCUGGUAUUGCAUAUGAAAAAUGAGAUGAGAAACACCAAGUACAAACCAGUAGACUAUCAACAAUUGCGUGUAUUAACUGAAGCAAAGAAAUUAGCUUCUGCCUCUGCAGAGCUAAAGAUCAGAAAAGCAAUGUUGACUUCAAAGAUAUCCAAAGAACAAACACUAAUAAAACAACACAAGCAAGUGUGGUGGCAGGAAUACCAGAGACUGACUGAAGUCAGAUGUAAAAUGGAAUCUGAAAUAAAAUCCCUUCUCAAUGAAGAGAACAUUGGAAACGAAUGUCUUUGUGACCUUACAAAUUUUGAGCAAGAGCUAUCAGAACAAUGGUGCGCAUAUCUUAAAAAUGUGAUAAAUCCUAUUCAGCAGCUGAGAGCAGAUCUAAAAUACAGACAGCAUCACACUUUGCAGCAUUCACACCCACAUGUUGAAUUUAACUCCGUGAAAGUACUGGAAGAGGUUGACUUUGUGAAGAAACAAUUGAAAACUGUCUUUGAAAGACUUAGCCUGGAGCAACAGAGAAUAGAAAAUGAUCUUUCAGGCUGGAGUAUAAAGAUUCUAGGUCAUUCUUUGGAAGAAAAGACUAACCUGCUUAGUGAACUGCCCAUUGAAUUAGAAAGUUUGGAAUGCCCAUACCCUGAUUUGAAAUCUUCAAUCCACAGUGAGUUCUGUAAGUUUACACAGAAAUAUCAAAAGAAGCUUCAAGACGUUGAUCUGCAGUUGGAAGACAUAUACAGAAACUGCCAACUAAGUGAAGAAGACAACUGGAUUUACCAGGCUAUUUUGGAUCAGUACCCCGGAGAUCUCUUUGGAAGAAGGACUCUGUAUCUGGACAUGUUACAAAGAUAUUUUCCUCACAAAUCUAGGCAUGAUUUGAUUGAACAUGAGAAAUAUUGUGACCAAUAUCGCUUUGCUAUGGAGCAGCGAAAGAUCUUGAUAUCAAAUUGGAAUAAAAAUAAGAAAGACUUUACACAGAAGGCUGUGCUGACACUCAUUGAGGCUUGUGCAGCUUAUGAAAUGGAAAGCACAUUGGCUAAGGACAAGAAAAAGCAACAGGAAUUGUGUGCUGAUCUGAAAGCCAAGGUUCUUCAAUGGCGAGCCCACCAGGAAGAGGUAGCAAGACUGGAAAUGGAAGUUUCUACCAGAAGAAGAGAAAAGGAAGAGGAGAAAGAGAAAUUGUGGAAGAAGAAGGAAUUGUUGCAAAGGGCAGAGAAGAAAAAAAAAAUUAAAAAAUACUGGGCUAAGAAAAAACAGAAGUGGCAAGAAAUGGAAAUUAGAGAUCUUCAGCGUCUAGAAGAACUGAAGAAAUUAAUGGCUGAACAGUCACUAAAAGACAGAGAAAGGGUUAAAUAUAGAAAAGAAUUAUUGGAAAGGCGUUUGAUGGAGAAAAAGGAAGCGGCCCUUCAAGAAGCUCAUGAAGACAAAGAGAGAGCGAGGCGGCUAGAAGCCCUUAGGAAACAGGUUGCUGUUGUUGCUCAAUUUGAUCCUGUUAGAAUGAUGUCAGAUACAAUGGCAUCGAAAGCUAGGAUGGGCAUUGAAAUUGAAGAAGAAUUUAUUCUUCAAAAGCCACUCUUCACAUUGAAUACAUACAAUGAACAGCAGAUAAUUUCUGACCCUAGACUUCGCUUCGAGUUAGCGCUUCGAGAAGCUGGAAUUCAUAGAACACUUUAUGCCAAAGAGAUAUUACCAAAAAUUAGUCCUCGAAAACCUCCAAGGAAGGACAUGGAGUCUACUGUAUUUAAAAUAUAGAGCUCAUCCUCAAAUUCUAUAUGUAAAGAGCAUUUUUCUUUGAAAACAUUUAUAUGGUUAAUAAUAAUUACUACUUUCUAAAAUGUUUGAAAUAUCAGACAUAGAAAUCAUAGCAUCUAUUAAAACAACUUUGCCUUUCUUUUGUGAUUCUUAGAAUUUUAUGCACUAUAUUUCCUGUAUCUUUAAGUUAUAUUUAAGAGUACUAAAUUCUCCCAAAUUAUGGAACUUAAUUAUGGCACAUAUAGUACUUACACUAUAAUUUAGCAAACUGCAUGUUGAAGGUUGUGUUAUCCUAUAAAAAGAGCUCAAAAUAA